AUGGUACCUAAAUUGGUAUCUAGAACUAUCCUGGUUAUCAGUCUUUGCUCUCUGUUCUGGUGGGCUUUCUUCAGGUCUACUUCUCACAGUGGUGGUAAUCAUGAAGUAACUACGGCACCGCUACAUUUGUUUGACUUUAUCAACGGGGCCUCUGGUGAUAGUCAAAAAUAUUCGGUUUCAUACGGCUCUCAGGAGGCGUAUGAAUUCUGUGCCAGCCAUGGGUACUCGGCUUUUGUUCCAAAGAGUGCUUCUGGCCAGCGCAAGGUGUUCGACAUGCUCAUGAUCAACACAGAGCUGGACUUCCUUGAGAUACAUCUCAACACACUAUACGAAUAUGUUGACUACUUCAUCAUCGUUGAAUCGCCUAAAUCAUUUCAGGGCAAUAAGAAGCCGCUCGUUCUCAAAGAGAAUUGGAGUAGAUUCCGUCGCUACCACGAUAAAAUCGUAUAUCACGAGUUGGUCUUUCCAUCCACAUUCAACCCACAUCGACCUUGGGACUACGAAGACCUGCAACGAGAUGCCCCUUUUAAUCAGGUUAUGCUUGGUCUGGAAGGAGAACAAGCUCCAUAUAAAGGGGACGUUAUUAUCGUGGCAGAUGUAGAUGAGAUCCCUCGUCCACAAACCCUGGUCACCCUCCGAUACUGCGACUACCCUCGACGACUGACCCUAGCCUCCAAAUUUUACUAUUACUCAUACCAGUUUCUACACGUUGGGCCGGAGUGGCAGCACCCACAAGCGACCUACUACGAAGGGCGCCGAACCCUAAAACCUACCAAUCUACGCAACGGAGACGGCGGUUUCCGUCCGUUGCGUUUCCUGGAGAGGGGCGUGCUGAGUAACGCAUCAUGGCACUGCAGCAGCUGCUUCCCAACAAUAGACCAGUUCCUUAACAAGAUGGCGAGCUUUUCACAUGUAUGGAUGAAUCGUGACCAAUACAGGGACAAGAAUAAGAUUGCUUCUGCAGUGAGAGAAGGGAAAGAUCUCUGGGGGAGAGAACAUGAUAAGUUCCUUAAAAUUGAGAGUAAUAGUGAUCUACCCCCACUUGUCCUUGAAGAGGCGAAACGAUUUAGCUAUAUGAUCAGUCGGGAUGGACCAUCAGCAGGAUUUACAGAUUAUAAGGGGGAAGGAAAUAAAUAA